AUGGGGAAGAAAUUCAGUGGGCUGGAGCUCAGCCUGAUUGUCCUCUUCUCCCUGGUGACCGUGGUCCUCUGUGUCCUCAUCGGGCUGAUGGCAACAGGACAGCCCGGGGUGAAAAGUCCAGAUUUUUAUCCACAAUGUCAGAAGAUACCAAYAGAAGAGAGAAUUGACUGCAUCCCCGAUCAAUUAGCAACAAAGAGCACCUGCUCCCUGCGUGGCUGCUGCUGGAGCCCCCAGAGCRACACCAGCGUGCCCUGGUGCUUCUUCUCCCCGAAACACGGCUACAAGGUGAAGGGYUCCCAGAGAUCCACGCAGGCAGGCUUUGAGGCCACRUUGAAGAGGCUGCCAUCCCCUUCCCUCUUCGGGAACGACAUCCAGACYGUGCUGCUCACGGGAGAGUAUCAGACCGCUAACCGCUUCCGAUUCAAGCUCACCGACCCCAAGGCGCAGAGGUUCGAGGUUCCCCAUGAGCACGUGCAGCCCUUCACGGGGUCGGCAGCCCCCAACCCCAACUACAAYGUGGAGCUGCGGCACGACCCCUUCGGCAUCGUGGUGACCCGUGCCAGCAAGGGCCGCGUGCUGUUUGACACGACCAUUGGUCCCCUGCUGUACUCUGACCAGUUCCUGCAGCUCUCCAUCAAACUGCCCAGCAGCAACAUCUACGGCGUGGGCGAGCACGUGCACAAGAAGUACCAGCACGACGUCAACUGGAAGACCUGGCCUAUGUUCAGCAGGGACACUGGCCCUUCUGCAGCAAUGGAUAAUUUAUAUGGAGUCCAAACUUUCUUCCUGUGCUUGGAAGACAACACUGGAGCYUCCUUUGGUGUUUUCCUGAUGAACAGCAAUGCCAUGGAGUUUGUGGUGCAGCCUGCUCCAGCCGUGACCUACAGAACCAUCGGGGGCAUCCUGGAUUUCUACAUYUUCCUGGGGGACUCUCCAGAGCAAGUGGUCCAGGAGUACCUGCAGCUUGUGGGACUGCCAGCCCUGCCCUCCUACUGGAGCCUGGGGUUCCAGCUCAGCCGAUACGGAUACAGCUCCCUGGACGAGGUGAAGGAGGUGGUGAAGAGGAACAGAGACAUUGGGCUGCCCUACGAUGCCCAAGUCAUUGAUAUUGAUUACAUGGAGGCAAGGAAGGAUUUUACUUAUGACAAAGUGAAAUUUAAAGACCUCCCUCAAUUUGCAGCUGAUCUGCAUGACUAUGGACAAAAAUACAUCAUCAUAUUGGAUCCUGCUAUUAGCACCCAGAAUCUGGCUGAUGGGAGUCCCUAUGGAAGCUACGUCAGGGGAACGGAAAGGAAAGUCUGGRUUAACGAACCAGAUGGAACAACACCAUUGAUUGGGGAGGUGUGGCCAGGGGAAACGGUGUUCCCRGACUUCACCAACCCUGAAUGCACGAACUGGUGGGCAGAAGAAUGCAAAUUGUACCACGAUGAGGUGCCCUAUGAUGGGCUCUGGAUUGACAUGAAUGAAGUGUGCAACUUUGUUCAAGGCUCAAAACGUGGCUGUGCACAGAAUGAAUUAAACUACCCUCCUUAUACUCCCAGAAUUCUUGACAGGCUCAUGUAUUCCAAGACGGUUUGCCUGGAUGCAGUGCAGAACUGGGGGAAGCAGUAUGAUGUCCACAAUCUCUAUGGAUAUUCCAUGAUCUUAUCCAGUCACAAAGCCAUUGAGAAGGUCUUUCCUGGAAAGAGAAGUUUCCUGAUUUCGAGGUCGACAUUUGCAGGGUCGGGGAAGUACUCGGGUCACUGGCUGGGGGACAACGCAGCCACGUGGGAUCAGCUGAGAUGGGCAAUCCCUGGGAUGCUGGAGUUCAAUCUCUUCGGAAUUCCUUACAUUGGAGCAGAUAUUUGUGGUUUCAGUGAAAACACCACAGAAGAGCUGUGCAGACGAUGGACCCAAGUGGGAGCAUUUUACCCAUUUUCCAGGAACCACAACUGCGAAGGUUUUGUGGACCAAGAUCCAGCUGUGUUUGGGGCCGACUCGGUGCUGGUGAACAGCUCCAAGCACUACCUGAACAUCCGCUACACUCUGCUGCCCUACCUGUACACKCUGCUCUACAAAGCUCACCGCUACGGAGCCACGGUCGUGAGGCCACUGCUGCAUGAGUUCUACUCUGAUGAAACCACGUGGAGCAUCGACAGGCAGUUCCUGUGGGGCCCUGGGCUGCUGAUUUCCCCUGUUCUUGAGCCGGGUGUGGAGCGCACCCGUGUGUACUUUCCUGAUGCAGUGUGGUACGAUUAUGACACGGGUGAGCCAAUCCUUAUGAGGAAAUUAUGGCACGAUUUACCAACCCCAGCAGACAAAAUGGGGCUGCACGUCAGAGGAGGAUACAUCUUCCCUGCUCAACAGCCAGGCAACACCACAGUGGCGAGCCGCAAGAAUCCAAUGGGACUCUUAAUUGCCCUGGAUGAAAACUACGAAGCCUCUGGGGAUUUGUUCUGGGAUGAUGGAGAAUCCACAGGUACAAUUGAGAAUAAAGCCUACAUUUACUAUGAGUUUAAAGUUUCCAAUAACGUGCUAGAAGUGACCGCCACACACAGCAAUUACAACGAUACAAACAACCUGAAAUUYGAGGUGAUCAAGAUAUUUGGAUUGCCCCAGGAAAUAGCAUCUGUUUCUGUGUCUCCAAACGAUGCUGGGCCAGGUUAUCCCCCUCAGCUCGCCUAUGACCCUGUGAAAAAGGUUGCCCUCAUAAGUGGACUUCAACUUGAACUGGGAAAAUCUUACACAAUCAAAUGGACACUAAAAGUGAAUGUCAAUCAAAGGUUUGAUUGUUAUCCCAAUCCUGAUCCAACAAAAGAGAAAUGUGAAGCACUUGGCUGCACCUGGGAAGAGAUACCAAACUCGAGAGCUCCUGCCUGCUACUACAGCUCCAGCAAUCCCUACUCCAUAACAAAUGUCAAUUAUUCCUCGGAUGGAAUCGUGGCCACCCUGGGCUUGGACAGUUCCAGGGUCAGAGCCACCGACAAYCACACGGCCCCGAUCAGCACCCUCCGCCUGGAGGUGAUUUAUCACCUCAACAACAUGCUGCAGUUCAAGAUCUCUGAUUACCAAACCCCACGGUACGAGGUUCCCGUGCCCCUGAACCUCCCCAGCUCCCCCGCCAGCUCCAGCCAGGAGCGGCUCUACGAAGUGGCGCUGCAGAUCAAACCCUUCGGGAUCCAAAUCCGCCGCAAGAGCACGGGCACCGUCAUCUGGGAUUCCUCCCUGCCCACCUUCACCUUCAGUGACAUGUUCAUCCAGAUCUCCACCCGUUUGGCCUCCCAGUACAUCUUCGGGCUGGGGGAGGCAGAGCACCCAACCUUCCGCCAUGACAUGAACUGGCACACGUGGGGCAUGUUCACCCGGGACCAGCCUCCUGCUUACAAGCAGAAUUCUUAUGGUCAUCACCCAUUUUACAUGGCUCUUGAAGAAGAUGGCAAUGCCCAUGGAGUUCUCCUGCUCAACAGCAAUGCAAUGGAUGUGACUUUCCAGCCCACCCCUGCCCUGACCUACCGCACCACCGGCGGCAUUCUGGAUUUCUACAUGGUCCUGGGCCCGACUCCCGAGCUYGUGGUUCAGGAAUACACUCAGCUGAUUGGGCGCCCCGUCAUGCCRCCCUACUGGUCCUUGGGCUUCCAGCUGUGCCGCUACGGAUACGCCAACGACUCGGAGAUCGCCCAGCUGGUGGAGGAGAUGAAGGCCGCACAGAUGCCCUUUGAUGUCCAAUAUUCAGAUAUUGACUACAUGAUAAGGCAAAUAGACUUCACCCUCAGCCCACACUUUGCUGGAUUACCGGCUCUGAUCAACAAAAUCAAGGCAGAAGGAAUGAGAUUUAUCAUCAUCCUGGAUCCAGCCAUUUCUGCAAAUGAAACCAAUUAUGCUCCCUACACCAGAGGUUUGGAGAARGAUAUCUACAUCAAACGGCCUGGUACCAAUGACAUUUUAUUUUCCAAGGUCUGGGCAUUCCUCCCCAAUGUUGAAAUCGAUGAGUCGCUGCCUCAUGAAACACAAGUGGAGCUCUUUGCAGCACAUUCUGCCUUCCCAGACUUCUUCCGCAAUUCCACGGUGGAGUGGUGGAAGAGGGAAAUCCUGGAGGUCUACAACAACCCCAACGCCUCCCUGAGCCUCAAGUUCGAUGGYCUGUGGAUUGACAUGAAUGAACCAGCAGUUUUUGUGAAUGGUGCUGUGGAUGGCUGCAGGAACGACCUCCUAAAUAACCCACCCUACAUGCCUCAUUUGGGAUCCAGGCAUUUAGGAUUGUCCUACAAAAGCCUGUGCCUGGAAGCUCAACAAUACCUUGCAGACGGGACCCCAGUCAGGCACUUUGAUGUCCACAAUCUUUAUGGAUGGUCCCAAACCAAACCCACCCUGGAGGCUUUGCAGAGUGUCACCCAGGAGCGUGGCAUCGUCAUCACCCGCUCCACCUACCCCAGCAGCGGGAGAUGGUCAGGCCACUGGCUGGGGGACAACACUGCAGCCUGGGAUCAGCUGCMCAAAUCCAUCGUGGGCAUGCUGGAGUUCAGCCUCUUUGGAAUAUCUUAUACRGGAGCUGAUAUCUGUGGCUUCUUCCAAGACUCGGAGUAUGAGCUGUGCCUUCGCUGGAUGCAGCUGGGUGCUUUUUACCCAUUUUCAAGGAAUCACAACGGGAAAGGAACGAGGAGGCAAGAUCCUGUUGCCUGGGAUGACAAUUUUGCAGCGAUUUCCAGGGAUGUGCUGAAAAUAAGAUACACCCUGUUACCUUUCCUCUACACUCUCAUGCACGACGCCCAYGCCCAGGGCAGCACCGUGGUCCGCCCCCUUCUCCAUGAGUUUGUGGAGGACAGAAACACGUGGGACAUCGAUCAGCAGUUCCUCUGGGGUCCUGCCCUGCUCAUCAGCCCUGUGAUGAAACUGGGUGAAAAAACGGUGAACGCUUAUUUCCCCAAUGCYCGCUGGUAUGAUUACCACACAGAGGUGGAUACUGGAUUCAGGGGACAAUUCCAGACRUUACAGGCUCCUCUGGAGCGCAUCAAUCUGCACAUCCGAGGGGGAUACAUCYUGCCCUGGCAACAACCUGCUAACACAACUGUUUACAGCYGGAAAAACCCAAUGGGACUGACAGUGGCACUGGAUGAUGAUCUGUUUGCWCAAGGACACCUCUACUGGGAUGAUGGAGUUCGCAUCGAUGCAUAUGAAGAUGGUGUUUACCUGCUCACAUCAUUUACUGCUAAUCAGACUGUUCUGGAUAUCAGAGUUGAGCACCAGAAUUACACCGACCCAAACAAUCUGAUGUUCACUGAGAUCAAAGUGCUGGGGGUGCCCACGGGGGCCACGMAGGUGACAGUGACACAGAACGGGGUCACCAUCCCAUCACCCCACAGCGUCAACUACAACCCCGACAACAAGGUCCUGAAAAUCUCCGGGCUCCAGCUGCAGCUGGGCCAGAGCUACAGCCUGAGGUGGAGCUGA